AUGAGCAGGCGAGUCAUUGUGACCGGCGGAUCCGGCAAGGCUGGCCGCCAUAUAAUACAAUAUUUGUUAGACCAGGGACAUCAUGUGCUUAACCUCGACCUUGCACCCUUACCAGGCGACCUUGGCAACCAAGUACAUACGCUCAAAGUCGAUCUCACCGAUGGGGGCCAGGUCUAUAGCUCAAUUUUGUCUCACUUUAAAUUGACAGAACCGUUCAGCGAGCCAGUCAAUAGUCCUCCCGAUGCAGUUAUACAUCUCGCAGGCAUCGCAAGAAACAUGCUGGUCCCAGACAUUGAGACCUACAGAGUAAACACCAGUAGCGCUUUCAAUAUUAUCGAAGCCUCCUGCAGGCUUGGGGUCAAGAAAAUCAUUCUGGCGAGUACGGUAUGCACAUAUGGGGUCACUUAUGCGGAGGGCGAUGUCGAUUUUCCGUCAUUCCCCGUUGAUGAGGAUAUUGAUGUCAACCCCAUGGAUGUCUACGCCCUUUCCAAGGUCUGUUGCGAGAAAGUCGGCCGCAGCUUUGCGAGAAGAUUUGGCAUCGAUAUCUAUGCCCUUCGAAUUGGCGCGGUGAUAGCCCCUGACGAGUAUGAAAAAUCAUUUCAAGGCUAUGUAAACGACCCUUCAAAAUGGAAAGCGCACGGUUGGUCUUACACAGACGCUCGUGAUCUGGGCAAAAUGUGUUCCUUGGCCAUCGGUACGGAUGGAUUGGGCUUCCAGAUAUUCAAUGCGACAAACGACCACAUCACAAAUAUGAGAAAUACGUCCGAGUUUUUAAGGGAACAGUGUCCAAACACACCAUUUACCAGAGAAAUGGAGCCAAGAGAAGCACCUAUGAGCAACCAAAAAAUCAAGAGGCUGCUAGGCUUUGAACAAGAUCACGAGUGGACAAAGCCCACGAAUCGACGGAUAAAGGAACUCGAAGAUGAAAAUCAACGGCUUCGUCAGCUCCUCCAAGAGGCCCGGAAAGAUGGGCAAGAAACCAAUGUCAACAGCGCCCACUCAUCGUCAAGUGCACAGGUCGCCGUAGAAUCUACGCAGAGGCAGUGGUCGGCUGAAGAUAGCCUAGAGCCCCCAACAGGCUCUGCCAGAGACGAACUGGCUUCAGAGACUUCACCAAGUCUGCUUGCUGAAGCUCCACAGAUGAAUCAAGCGAGCUACCAUGGACCGACUAGUGUUUUAUUCGAUAAUUUAUCACGACUGAAUGUGAAGGGGACUGACGAAGACUUUCCUACGAGCGAUUCCAACAACAUCAGGUGUAUGUUAGUUGCAGAGUCGGCCAGACAGCGCCAACUUGAAACGGUGAAUUUCGCCACAGGAGCUCUCGAUUUUGACGGCGUAGAGCCCUCUCUUGGCAUGGAAUUACUCUCCAUCUACUGGACACGACAGCCCCAUGCAGGUUUAAUCGUCUAUCGGACAGUGUUCAUGCGAGAUAUGGCUUGUGGAGGGCCCUAUUUCUCUAAGCUACUCCUAAAUGCUAUGUACUACUCGGCUUCAAAGCAUUGUUCCUCAACAGCUAUUCGCCAUGAAGCAAAAGACAUCAACACAGCUGGGUGGUCCUUCCGGCAGCGCUUCACGGAAAUUCUGCGAGAUCAAUUCGAUCAAAGCCGAAUUACCAGCAUUCAGGCGCUCCUAAUAAUGUCAAGCUCGCUUUUUUCCCGCUGUGAUGAAAGAAGUGUCUCCUGGUUGUAUGCAGGGAAUGCAUUCAAUAUGCUCAUCGAUAUGGGCAUCCACGUGCGGCGAGGGACGUCUCGAUCAAUGAACUCAGAGGAGCUAGAAGUAAGGAGAAGAGUAUUUUGGGGUGCAUUCUUAAUAGACAAAUUGCUGUGUCUCUAUCAAGGCAGGCAUCCAAAUCUUCGCCUAUCAGAUUCAAAUAUCCCGCUGGUAUUCUAUGACGACUACGAGGAGCUCGAGCAUUUCAACCCGAUCUCAUUUUGUGCCGCAGGAGAGCCCUCUGUGUUGCCAUCCUACAAUCUUUCUCUCUUGGAGCAUUUAUGCCGCCUCAGUAUCGUCAUGGAGAGAAUCCACUCUCAGGUUUAUUCCACGAGCCAUUCUACACAGCCCUCGGAUCACCUCCCAAAUGAUAUCAAGUUACUGCAAUUAGAACUCGAGGAGUGGAGACGAGAAUUGCCUCCUCAGCUCGACUUUGUAUCUUGCAAAGCAAAACUGAAACCACUGCCCUAUAACCUGGCAAUGUUAGCUACCUAUAAUCUGCUUGUCAUACUAGUCUUCCGUCUACUCCUCUCCCACACCGGACCUUCACCAGGGUCACUCGAGAAUGAGGCACUUGUGACCUGCUGUCGAGCAGCCUCCGAGAUCAGCCAAAUUCUUCAAAUACACGAAAAGUUAUACAUUCUUGGGAGUGAGACUUUUGUGUUAUGUUAUGCGGCUCAUAUCAGCGCGACCAUACAUAUCCAUGUCCUAGCUCACCACGGCAAUCAGUUUGGCCAUCGAGAAGCGCUUUCGGUGUGUCUUGGGGCAUUGGAUAGACACAAGGCGGUAUACUCGUCCGCAAGGAGGGCCAGAGAAAUUCUUCAUCGGCUAAUGGCAGAUAUGGGAGUCAGCGUUGAAGCAGACGCUGUUGUAUCACCAGCAGUCGCCCUACCAAGAACAACUGGUAGUCUGUCGGUGUUGGGUGAUACCCCAGGCUGGCAAGGAAGAAAUGAUGGAGAUGAUCACUCUCCUAGUCUAUCCACACUACUUGAACCCCAUGGAGAGUUGGGCUUUCCAGACUUCGACGCGACUAGCAUUAUGGAGAAUUUGCGGGGGACGUCGGGCAUUUCCGAAAGUUGGUUCAAUGUGUCAGAGCAAACAAUGCUCUGGGAUGUUUAUGAUGACGGAUUUCAGUCAACGUGGGACGUAGAAAAUUGA